AACAACAUUACCCCACAAAAAAAAAAAAAAACCUCCAAAAAAUACCACCACUUUAAUUAAUCUAUAUCCAAUAAUAAUAAUAAUAAUAAUAAUAACUAAUAAACCAAUUAAUUCCUUCACCUAUAAUAACAUGGAAUGAAACACACUCCCUCCCAACUCCCCCAACAUAUACCAUCAUUUUUUUUAAAAAUUAAAAAAAAAAUGAAGGUGGAUCCGAAAUCGAAGAAGCGGCAGCAAUGGAAGCCGUUAACCGCGAGGUACUGCUGCUCCGCCGACGAGCACAACAUCUUCGGCAACAUGAGCCGAUCGCGGUCGUCGAAGUCGGAGGCGUCGAAGAAUUUGACGGCGCCGGCGCAGAUGCCGUCGUUCAGGAAGCUGUCGUUCUCGGACAGCAGCUUGAGGUCGACCUCGGGCAGGCUGAACGAAGACCUAGCGCAGACAUUCGCCGGCGACCUGUUCGAUUUCCAGCUGAGCGAGCUGCGCGGCGCAACGCAGAACUUCGCGGCGCAUUUCCUCCUCGGAGAGGGAGGGUUUGGUAGGGUCCACAAAGCCUAUUUGGAAGAAGGGAUCAAACCGGGCUUGAAAUCUCAGCCCGCUGCGGUUAAGCUUCUCAAUAUUGAAGGCCUCCAAGGCCACCGUGAAUGGCUCGCGGAGGUGAUAUUUCUUGGGCAGUUGCGGCAUCCAAAUUUGGUUAAGUUGAUUGGCUACUGCUGUGAAGAUGAAGACAGACUUCUUGUAUAUGAGUUCAUGCCACGUGGCAGCUUGGAAAAUCAUCUAUUCAAAAGGAUGUCGGUUUGUUUGCCAUGGGCAACAAGGUUGAAGAUAGCUAUAGGCGCAGCCAAAGGCCUUGCUUUUCUACACGGCGCUGAGAAACCAGUCAUUUACCGCGACUUCAAGGCCUCCAAUAUUUUACUAGAUUCGGAUUUCAAUGCUAAAUUAUCUGAUUUCGGACUAGCAAAAAUGGGACCGGAAGGUUCAAACACUCAUGUCACCACUCGUGUGAUGGGAACCUAUGGCUACGCGGCUCCUGAAUACGUCAACACCGGUCACCUAACCACCAAAAGCGACAUCUACAGUUUCGGAGUGGUUCUGCUAGAACUCCUAACGGGCCGAAGAGCCAUGGACCGGAGCCGGGCCGAAAGCGAGCAAAGUCUGGUGGAUUGGGCCCGGCCCUAUUUGAUGAGCAGCCGAAGAAUGCGCUGUAUAAUGGACCCAAGGUUUGUAGGCCAAUACUCUGUUAGGGGAGCCAGGGAAAUGGGCCUUUUGGCCCAACAAUGCGUGAGCUUGAACCCCAAAGACAGGCCCAAAAUGCCGGCGAUUAUCCAAACGCUCGAAAACAUUCAAAAUUUGAGGGAUAUGGCCAUUACCAAUGGGCAGUGGCCCAUUACACCUAAAAACGGCAGAAAUGAGACCACACUUGUUAAAGGGAGGAGGCAGAAUAGCUUAGGCUGUAGAAGUGUUGCUGUCGCCGCCAGCCCAAGAACCAAAUAAAUUGUUAUAUUAUUGUUAUUUAUAUUAUAUAUAUGUGUAUGUAUGUCUGUACCUAUAUAUGAUAUAUGUUUUGAUGAAGAAAACUAAGGCAUGCGUGAAGUGCCCAUGUAAAUUAUAUGAUAUAUAUAAAUGUGUAAGCACACUCCUUUUGCCCAUUAUUA